AUGGCAUCUGAAAAGUAUCAAAAAAUUGCUAUUGUUACCGGGGCCAAUGGAGGCGUUGGGUUUGGUAUUUGCCAACGGCUACUAGAAGCAGAAGGAGAAGCAUUGACACUUGUGAUGGCUUGUCGUAAUCCUGCAAGAGCAAACAAAGCCAGAGAAUUGUUGUGGAGACAGUUUCCUCUCGCAAACAUUGAUAUUGAGCUGGUGGAUGUGGGCUGUGCUAAAAGCGUCUUGUCGUUCUCAUCUGCUAUCAAGAACAAAUACCCUCAUAUCAACUACUUGUUCUGCAAUGCAGGUAUCCUCAGCUCUUGUGGGUUGAAUUGGAAAGCUGUAUUUGUUGGGUUCUUUACAGAUCCAGUGGGAUUGUUUGAACGAUCAGAUGCAACUAUUCAAACAGUGGGAGAAAUCAAUGAGGAUGGCAUGGGCAAAGUGUUUGCUGCAAAUGUAUUUGGCCAUUAUACCAUGAUGCGUGAACUGGAGGGCUUAUUAUCCUACACUGGCGACGGAAGAGUCAUUUGGACCAGCUCGAUUACAGCCCACAGCAAAUCAUUCGACAUCAAUGACUGGCAAGGCAUCCUAUGCAAAGAGCCAUACGAAUCCUCUAAAUGGGCCUGUGAUCUUAUCUCGAUCGCUUCAAGCGAAAGAUUUCAAAAAGAAGAAACUCGCAUUGCAUCUUUCACCACAUCGCCCGGUGUUGUCGUAACUGAGAUUGGCGAGCUGCCUGUAUGGAUAGUAAAGGCUAGGAUCCUUGUUCACUACAUUAUGCGCCUAUGUGGUGUCGCUUCUCAAAAUAUUACAGCGUACAAUGGUGCCAUAGCGGAUGUUUAUGCAGCAUUAGAACCAUUGUCAAGAUUAAGCUAUUUGAACCGUUAUAAUUCGUUGUCGACUCGAUGGGGAAGAGCCUAUGUGGGUGCUCAAGCUAUUCCAGAGUAUGAUCGCGUUACAGCAGAGAAAUUAAUCGAGAAGUGUGAACUGGCCUACCAAGCCUUUAAAAAGAGCUUUGAUCCUGUGGCAACUGCACCCGCAAACUGA